AGACGUUCCGGGGGAUCCAUGACAGUACAUUACACGGUCCCAUGCCUACAAGUACAGCAGCUGACGAGUUUGGGUUGUUUUUUUUUUUUCUAUCGAAGCUACAAUCACAUUGUCGGCAGAGCAACGAAGCCGAAAUAAGCAGUAAAGCGGAAAGCAUAUCCGGACACCUUGCUUCUCAGCUGAGUCUGUUUUGUUUGUUUUUCCCCCCCUCAUUUUACGGAAAUGGUGGCAUGCCAAAGACAUUUAUCCAGCGGUAGCGAAACGAGCCGCGGGGCGGCGAAGAGCAAGCAUCAUCCUUCUGAAGCUCGCCCCGGUCCCAGCACCUCCGCAGCCUGUACAUUUCAAGGUAUCGACUCAGGACACACGCGUAGGUAACUAUGCCUGUGGAGCCUGUACGCCAUGACUGCAUAGAUGAUUUGGUUUUCAAGAUCUCGCAAGCAAAGAACUCCUCCAGAAGCUCCUGAUCGCUGGUUUUUAAGGGCGUCAACUUGCGUCUGGUUGCACUUCCUUGAUUUUGCAGUUGCUCAGCACUUGCUCACCUCCUCCACGAGAGGCAGGAUGUUGGUAACUUUUGCAGAACUCUGACCUUACUGAACGAAAAGGCACCACGUUUUCUAACUUUACAGAAUCGACUGCACAUCAAAGGUCUUUGGCCUUUUGAAAGGCACCUCUACCACCCCCCUCCCCCUCCCCAUCCCUCCUUCAUCCUCGCCCAGUACCAUGCUGGGUGCACUCUUUCUGCGGAGGAACAUGUCCCAGAAGCUGAGUGUGCUGCUGCUGGUAUUCGGGUUGGCGUGGGGACUGAUGCUGCUGCGCUACACCGUGCAGCAGCCUCGCCAUCAGAGUAGCGCCGAGCUGCGUGAGCAGAUCCUGGAGCUCAGCCGGCGAUACGUCAAGGUCCUGACGGAGGAGAACCAGAACGCGCCGGGGGGGCCACAGGGAACGUCCAUGGCAGGAUAUGCUGACCUGAAAAGGACCAUAGCUGUGUUGCUGGAUGACAUUCUGACACGGCUGGUCAAACUGGAGGGGAAAAUUGAACUGGCGGCAAAUUCCUCUUUAACAAACACAUCCCAUGCAGCAGCUGCAGCGGCAGCGGGGGUUCCCGCUGGCCUGCCGAAAGCUUCUAAGCAGGAGUCACCGGAGAGCCAUCCUGGGAUGUCGCGUCUUCAUCCACACGUCCCCAAAAGACCUCGACCACUUUAAGAAGCCUCCCCCUCCAUCACUGCUCACUGGUGUAUCGACACCAAGUGAUCAAGUAGCAAUAGAGAUAUUCAUGCAUAUCCGAAAUCCUAAAGUGCUGGAUGUGAAAAUUCAGCCCAGUCGGAGAAAGAAAUGAUGGACUUCUUUAUUCUCCUGUAUUUCCUGCGACAUCGAGACUGACAUGUUCAUAUUUUAUAUUUGCAUUGCAAACAUUCUUUUUUGCCUUCAUUUCUUCUUUUUUUUAGGGGGUUUUCUCUUAACCCUGCAGCUUUUGAGCUUUUUGACUGUUAAAAUAAAUGCAGAGAAACCAAAACAAACAAGCUGAACAUUUAAUUAGAAAUCUGACAGCCUUAUCUUAAAUAGAUUCACAAGACAAAAUACUAAGCUCAACAUUACACUCAUAAUAAUAAAGAAUGGCUAUAUGUUAAGAGUUUUUAGGAGGGACCGAUAAAUAAGAUUGUUAUUUUAGCCUGUGAUUGUUAAACCUAAAUAAAGUUUGCUCUUAA